GUGGGCGGGACGUUUUCUUGUAUUUAAAAAAUAGUGCGGUUAAAGUUUGACUGGUGGCGUUGGUAAGGUUUAUGCUUGGCAAGAGAGGGUGCAUGUCUUGUAAGGGAAGGAGAAACUGGAAAGGAUCGUCUGACUCGGGGAAUUCAUUAUUGCCGAUACUGCAUUCUUUGUGGUGACAGUCAUGUCUUCAAAAAUCCCAAGAGGUGUUCAUUUACCUGGAGAAACCAAGAAAACUGGUCAGAAAGUUGACUCCAAAGACACAGCAGCUGUCCCGAAAUUGGACGGUAACCUUAAGGUACAAAAGGAAAAUCUUUCAAGGAAAAAUCUUGCUCCUAAAGUUCACAAAGGAAUCUCCACCAGGUCCGGGCAACAGGCAGAACUCAAGGAGCAAAAUCAGCACUUGAUGAUUGUCAAUGAGGAGCUGCAGAAAAACCUGUCAGAGACUCUGCAAAGAGCUGUUGAGUUGGAGCUGCAAUUGAGUGACCUUGAUAAGGAGAAAGCACAAGUCCAGAAAAACCUGCAGGACUGUCACAUUCUCUUAUUUUCUGCAAAAAUUGACCCAGUUUUAGGAGAAAAAGUUGGAGAAGCUGCACAACACAAUGAAGAUAAAAGAAAAGAAGUUGUGAAUGUUUCCACAGACCUGCUUAGCGAGUUAAAAGCCUUUGGAGGUAUUGCAUCAGAGCAGCGUGCUCAGCUGCAGGAAAUCCGGACAACAAUGAUGGACCUCACUAAAGCACGAGAACUCAUGAAGCAGGAAAAGGAGAACUUUUCACAGCAGGCAGAAGAAAUGGAAAAAGCCCUAAAAGAUGCAGAAAUGCUCUUACUGUAAAUAUUUGCAUUUACUUGUAUCAUUUAACUUUUUAUUUCAAUAAAAUUAAGCCAUUAAAUA